AUGUCAUUUGACAGAGGAAAAGAGCCUGCAUAUCAUGGAUCAUCUGGGGAUCCACCACCUUCUCCCAGCCGCUACGAGUCCCAAAAACGAAGAGACUGGAAUACCUUUGGACAGUACCUGAGGAACCAAAGGCCUCCUGUGCACAUCUCACACUGCAACAGCCAUCAGGUGCUUGAGUUCCUCAGGUACCUAGAUCAAUUUGGAAAGACUAAAGUUCACUUGCAAGGCUGUAUCUUUUAUGGGCAUCCGGAGCCACCGGCUCCUUGUGCCUGUCCCCUUAGACAAGCUUGGGGAAGCCUUGAUUCCCUCAUAGGCCGUCUUCGAGCGGCCUACGAGGAAAAUGGGGGUUCACCCGAAUCAAACCCUUUUGCUACAAGCGUGAUUCGGGUUUACCUUAGAGAAGUGAAGGAAUGUCAAGCAAAAGCUAGAGGAAUCCCUUAUAAAAAGAAGAAGAAAGCUACCAAGGGAGGUGAAGACUCUAGUUCCACAUGA